AUGGACGGUUUCCUCCACAGCCAAGCCGACAUGAGCGGGGAGGCCGGCGGAUCCAAUAUGGCGCCGGCAGAACAGUCCCCCAGAGAACCUCGUGGCGCUACACUAGAGGGGAUCGGGGAGGAGAUCAGAUCAAUGGCUGCUGCCAUGGCCACAAAAGCAGACCUCCUGGUACAUACCACCUUCAUACAGGACGCCCUACGAGCCGAGAUUGCAGGAAUCAGGUCAGAAGUAACGGCCCAUACAGGCCGCAUACAAAGCCUGGAACACUCCCAGGAAACUCAGGCCACUAGGCUGCAGGCGACCGAUACAGCCCUUGCACGCCAGGGGGAAAUGCUCCUACACAUGAGGAGAACAAUAGAGGAUCUGGACAAUAGGGGGAGAAGAUGCAACAUUAGGGUCCGUGGGGUCCCUGAAUCAGACGGGGAAAAUAUUGAAAACAUCCUCAAUGACAUCUUUCACAUGAUCCUGGGAGCGGAUGCCCCACACACAUUCAGCUAUGAGCGGGCACACAGAGCACUACGCCCCAGGCCGUCGGACGACAACCCAAGGGAUAUAAUAUGCUGCCUCAGCUCCUUCCGUGACAAAGACGCCAUCAUGAAGGCGGCCAGAUCCAGGCCUACUUGGAAUUUUAGGGACACAAUGGUAUCCCUAUUUAAUGAUCUCUCCCCCAUCACAUUAGAGGCCAGAAGGGCACUGAAGCCCAUAACAGCGGCCCUUCAAGAGAGGAAUAUCCAAUACAGAUGGGGCUAUCCCUUUGCCUUGUUGGCCCACCACCAGAAUGGAUGGUCCUCCAUACGUUGGCCCGAGGAGAUUCCGAGAUUUCUGGAAGAAAUGGAUCUACCGCAUAUCUCGGUCCCUGAUUGGAUCCUGGGCCCCCUAGGGGGGAGACCACAGCCGCAAAGAGCACCCAGGAGGCGAGGAGGAGGACCGCCACAGGGACCAGCGCAACGAAGGCGCAACAACCAGGAGGCACCAGAAUAAGCGGUCAUGUCGCCGCCCCCGCCGGGCACGUCUCCCUGAUCCUCGCCCCCACCUGGGAGACCUGCACUUGCCAUAG